CUAUAUUUACUCGUUGGAAUCCACUUCAUUACACAAGAUUUGUUGCUCUUCCGCUUCCUCGUUCUUCGUGCGCACUGUCGUGGGCCAGAUCUGCCCCCUGGCGGCUAAACCAAGGCGCCAGGGCCGUGUUGACCAAUCAUGCGGCUCUUACCUUCGCAGAGCCCCGCCUUCGAAACAACGACAUCCUCAACUUUGUUUCAUCCAAAACCUCAUCCCACUUCAUUGACAAGAUUAGCUGCCAUCCAGUCCUUCGCUUCUCGCCAUGGGGUGUCGUGGUGUUAGCGGACUGGCUUCCAGGACGGCAGUCAGUCCUGCCCAAUAUCCCCAGUCUGCAGAAUAUCAUGAUGAAACCCACCUUGACUGCUCAACUGCUUGUCCUGGCUUGAACAUCCCUGUGACUGGUGCCUUAAAAUAUCCGGCGCCAAUGGAGUCACCUCAAGAGGCCUUCACACGAGUUCUCCAGAUCUGACAGAAUAGAGGUGUAUCAAAUCAUAUCAACACAUGGAACGAGCGGAGUGACUGUCUCCACCACGGGUAGUUGAGCCGAUGGGAACUAUGGUGAUUGUUUCUCGGUAUUCACCGUUUGCUGUUGUUUCAUGAAACAGCUGAAGCCUUCUCUCUUUUGCUUCAUUUUUUCUCUCUUCACUGCUCAGCGUUGCGCCCAUUGUUCUAUUUCUUUCUCUUUCUGCACUCUUGCCUUCGGCCUCCACCUUUCGUUCUUCGUCUGUUUCCUCUUUUCCUAUCAUCUAUUCUCGUCCUGUCUCGAAAUUUCGCGUUGUAUUGGUUGUUGUCUCUGACGGCAACA